UCCCACCAAUUUUUGGGCAGCCAUGAAAAGCAUUCUCACUCCCUCAUGACCAUUUUCCUUUGCCUCACUCCCCACCCUCCAAAACCUCCCCAAAACCCCAGCAUUCCAAAACCCAUUUCUCUCACUAUCCCAAUCUAUAGCACUUCCACCAUCACCAAGAGAGACUUUAUCCUCAAAACUGCUGUGCUUGGCGCUAUUUCCUUGGCCCCUCAAAACCCAGUUGCCCAAUCCUUAGCUGAGCCUCCGCCACCCGCAAAACCGGCCCUUUUAGGUAUUGGCAAUACCAAAUCAUGGUUUCAAUUCUAUGGAGAUGGGUUUUCCAUCCGGGUCCCUCCUCAAUUUGAGGACAUCAUGGAACCUGAGGAUUUCAAUGCUGGAUUGUCUCUAUAUGGAGAUAAGGCAAAGCCCAAGACCUUUGCAGCCCAUUUUGCAUCUUCUGAUGGAUCUGAAGUAUUGAGUGUUCUCAUUCGCCCAACCAAUCAACUGAAGAUUACCUUCUUAGAGGCCCAAGACAUUACUGAUUUAGGUUCCCUGAAGGAUGCAGCAAAAAUUUUUAUUCCAGGUGGGGCAACUUUGUACUCUGCACGAACAAUAAAAAUAAAGGAGGAUGAAGGCUUCAGGACAUAUUAUUUCUACGAGUUCGGGAGGUAUGAGCAACAUGUAGCACUGGUAGCUGCUGUUAACAGCGGGAAGGCAAUUGUUGCUGGAGCAUCUGCGCCACAGUCGAAAUGGACCGAUGAUGGUGUGAAGCUUCGUUCUGCUGCUAUAUCACUCACACUACUAUAACAAUCUGUGUGUUUGGCGGCACAGGUUGCCUAUUUGAUCGAUGACGUGAUAUUGAUGCUGAGGUCUGUGGAAGUGUGGAUGGUCCAUCAUCUUAUCAGCUAAGUGUUGAAGCUCUAAUUCUCAUCACGGAUUCGAAGUGGCUGAAAGCUUUCAGAGUUGCACUAGAAGAUAUUCAGUUCAGUUUCUUUCACAGAUCCAAUAACAACCAUAGGAAAGCAUUUCUUAUCCAAAGAAUUUCCAAAGUUUUACCUGAAAUGUUGAUGGAAACCUUCUUUUUGGUUGUAAUUGAGUUAAUUUCGUCUUGGAUAAGCUUUUAGGGUUGUGUCUGGACGGCAACCUGUUAUUUCAUUUGCAAUUGUUAUA